GCAAGUCAUCUGCAAACUAAAUUGCAAUUAAAGUAAACUAAGACGUGCCCAGGGCAAGCAAUAUUUGAGAGCUGCUGGUCUUAGGUGCAAGCUGGAAUUUAAGUUUUUUUCGAGCGCUUGGAAGUAGGUUGGCGUUAAAGUUUGCCCUUCCUUCUCUAAUGAAGAGGAGAGUUAAUUUUGCGUUCAAGGUUUAUUAAUGUUCUGUGGAUUGCUUAACAGAUCAACUCGCUGCGUACGGCCAUCAACUUGGCAUUCCAGAGUGAGCAGCAGAUGGCUGAGUGGGGAACUCCAGCUGUGGAGAGAAUUCAGAAAGCUAGCAGAUCCAAGAUCUUAGAGCUUGUGCUAAAACGACGGGAAAUCAAAACUCCUUGCUCAUUUCCCAGAACAGGGCUCUGGAAUCAGAUCGAUCCCGCUUACAUUCUGCACGCAGGAGGGGAGGGUGAAACAGAUGCAGGCCUCCUUUACACUUUGCACAAGGGCGUUGCCAUCUCUGGCAAGCCACUGGAUGAUGAAGAUGAGGAAGCCAGGCUUAAAGUGGCCGAGCUCCGAGAGAAGAUAGAGUGGCUUAGAAGUUUAGAAGGAAGGUAACAAGAGAGCGAGUAGAUUACUCUUCUUCUUUCCGCGCAGUACCCCCGCUGGAGCAGUUUUGUGGUAAAUUCACGGAGGCAAAUGCUGUGACGGGAUA